GUAAAGUAGGUGUUGCUCAUACUAACAGAUAGUCCAGGUUAUGGCCUUCAUGCAUUGGAAAGCCAUACCAUCUUUCUCUGCUAUGCGUUAAUCAGCGCUUCUGCCAUUGGCCGCGCUGAACAGGGAGCGCGAAAAUGUACAUGAGAGGCUGGGCUGGCGCUAAACGUUGCGAGGCUAGGCGGCCUGUUGCUCAGCCGCAGCUGAGUCUCAUUCUUAGCCUUGCCAUCCAGUCAAUACCCCAUAUCAAAACCAGCGCACGCCGACUCCAAGGCCAUAGCGUUCGCUUUCAACUCUUGUUCCUAGUAAAAAUCCCACAUCAUGGCUUCUGGUGGAGCGACAAUAUCAGAACCUACCCCAGACGUGUCUGACCACAAUACAAGCGAGGGGUCUGCAGCCUCAGAACACCCUACUGUUUUUUCUGUGAUCAAAUUUGCGCGUUUCAACAAUGCGACCCUGGAGCUUUUUGAGGCUCCUAUUGAAUCUACCGACUACAUUGCCUUCUCUCACGUCUGGGGCGACUGGGCGUGGCGUUCAAUCGAUGGCAUACCGUACGAGGUGAAAGCAUCACAAGAGAAAGCACAAUUCAUUGCAAACGACCUCCCCGCGUUGGUUGGUGAUGGUGCCUUUUGGAUGGACACGCUGACUGUCGAUCAACGCAAUCCGGUUGAAGUAUCCGACAUCGUGGAUGCCAUUCCCGAUAUCUUCAGGAUGGCAAAAAAGACAAUCGCGGUUAGGGAAUGCGAUGGAUUGUACGACUGCUGCAUCGCUGCUAUCGCUGGUUUCGAAACAUUCCACGAGUUCGUCGAAAGGUUUUUUGAUCAUGGUCAGAUUCAUAUCGGCCAUCUCUGCGCGGAGUCAUACCUUCAAAGAUUGUGGACGCUGCAGGAGUGCUUACUCUCUCAUACGAUUGACUUCGUGGUUGGAAACGACAAUCAACCGAAGGAGCCCGCGGUGCGUGAAAAGGCUCGCGACGACACUCAAUUUUACCGGCACCAGACUGAACAGACGACUCUCGUAGAUGCUCUUGGUGUUCUAGCCUCCUCUUUCUGCGGCUCUCAGGGCGUCUCCGCCAUGAAUGAAUUCGUCAAGGCUUAUGUCAAUGGCGGCACCGUUGUCAAUCCACAUAGCGCAAAGCGUAGCCAGGAUGAAGACAUCCACUCUGGUCGUUUUCUACUGGUUAAUCGAGCAUCGCAUAGAUCCGCUACUAUGCCUCGCGACUACAUCUUCGCGACCAUGCCCUCGUUUCCAUGGUAUACAUAUCCGAAACGGGAUGCUUUAGCGAUGUCAUUUGGGGAGAUCUAUUCAGAUCUUUAUCAGCAAGCUGAACGAUCUGGACAUGCCUUUACAUGCAGGUUCACUCGUUCGAUGCUCGAUUCCGCAUGCACAGAUCCCACGGACGGUUGGCUACCGAGCCAACAACUUCCGAGUCCGACGACACUCGGCGAUUUUCUCAAACUGGUGGGGCAACGCGUACUCGAGGCUUCGAACUCUUCUUCACGGCAUGUACACAUUACAUCGGACGUGCAGAUUAAGGAACUAGAAAGCGAAUGCUCGCCAGACAUUUUCGUCGCCCGGCUAGAAGCCUGUUUCAAACAUUCCCGAAGACAAUGGCUGGAGUCUCAGCAAGGUGGUGAGCUUUCAAGAUUCGGAUUUGGGGAUGAUCCUGAUUAUUCAUGGACGCUCAAUGACGCCGAUGCCGUGAGUUGUGGCUGGAUUCCCACACAUCCAGAGGAUGCGAUACGAGUACACGACAAUGGAGAUCACUCUCGGACAAAAAUUGCCCCCGGACUGGGCUUCAUGGAAGACGAGAGUAUAGCGGAUCUGAGUGACCUUGACGAGACUGAGCAAGAGGCGCGCAUUUACGAGGCUGGCGAGUACGUACCACUCUUCGUGCAGGCCAGGAAGAUACUAGACUACAUGUUCACCGCACAUGGGGUGGAUCAGAUGAACGAAGCGCCGCGAGCACGUUUGGCCUACUUCAAGCGACAGAUGCAAGGUCUCUGGUCUAUACCACUACUACGUACCGUGCUCCUCCUCGCUGCCAUGGUCAACUGUCGCAUUCCGUUAUCUGCCACUGCGUGGGUCAACAAGCUCUUUGUCCCCGUCUACAUUCGCCACAACGAAAAUCUUCUUUCCGUCGGUCUCUUGGCAAAGCACGCACGUCAGCCUAAACAUCAGCGAAAACACCCUAUUCAUCUACUGUGCGUUGGCCAACACCUGCCUUCGCCCGACGUGAAGGCUUUUGGAAACGACUUGUUUCUCGUAGAUCCAGAAACCAAGGUGCCGGUUGGCUUGGCCCCGGAUACGAGCCCUGACUAUUCCUCGUAUGAGGAAUUUGCAAAAGUCGCACUUUCCUUGUAUCAUGGCUGUUGUACGGAUUUAGGAGACAACAAAAUGUAUAUCACUCCCCGUCUGCUCUCUGAUGAGCCGUCUGUCCCUAGAGAGGCUCGUGUCGCGAAUCUCUAGUAGGUGGUUGGGUGUGGAUGCCGACGACGGGGGAUGUGUAUAGCUGUCGUACACCAAUUGUCUUCCUAGUAUUGUUACACCAGUCUACUGUUACUCUACUUUCAUAUGCUGAUUGACAUUAGCCGCGACGCUGAACGUUAUGCACAUACUCAGCUUGCGCUGGCGUUAACUGGAAGCGCACCCGCCUCCCCGCGUGGGUAAUCCAAUAUAUGUUGUGAAACAUAAAAUCGCUUGCACUGUAGCGCUGCCUUCCAUGAUUUGCGCAAUCCGUUGUCAGUCCCUUGGCCGUU